AUGAAGCCUCCCAAAGAAAGCCCGCAUUACGAGUCUCGGCCUGAGAAAUUUCAGCCGCCAGCUCCCCUUAUUCCCGUCUCCGAGAGUGAGUAUCGACUUGAUCGUGCUCAGAUUCUUUUGCAGUACAUGGAGGAAGACUAUUGCCAAUACCGCAGAACCUAUAUGCGGGGCGGAGACCUUGUAGCAGUUCUGAUAGUGGCUCGAGAAAAGCUUGAAAACUACGGUCCACUGUCAGGGGAUGAUGAUUCCGACUUUCCGAGAAUAACGGCGCCAGCAGAGGCGUUGAAGUAUAUCUCCCGGUCCUGCAUACACUAUAUGCUCCAUCUUAAUCCAGACAACGUAAAAGAUCCACGCUGGCAACACGCUAUUCCUGAGGCUCCCGAGCCAGAAAUGAGCGACGAAGAGUUGUGGAAAUGUGAUAUUGAAACUUUCUGCAAGGCGAUUCGCCGCAGUUAUCGCUUCUCAGCCUUGGAGCAUCUCCAACCCGUGCGUCGCAACCGCAGCACGGUGAAGACGGAGGAGGCCAUAUGCUGGAGUCGCGAUAAGGGCACAUGUGUGGUAACAGGCAAGCCCUUACCUCAUAUUUUCUACUUUAUCCCGUUCACUUGGAAUGAUACCGUGGAGCAUAUGAACCAUACGGGUGAUAUCCGUCGUGGAAUCUCUGACUUGGGCGUACGCCUUUUGGAAGGUCCAAAUCCUCCCUGCAAUGCACGCGCGCUUGGUGGAAGUCAUAAAGCAUGGAACGUGCUCUGCAUUGACAAGGAUUUGUGCCGAUAUCUCAAGAACGGUCUUUGUGCGUUCAAGUGGUUGACGAAUGACCCGGCCCCCAACGGUGAGGUCCAGAUAACCUUGCAAUUCCACUGGAUGCCGCUACUUGAGCUACGAUGGGGUAAAAGGAUGAACCUUAAGCGUCGUGGAGCUCGAAAUGACUUUCGGAAAUUGGUCGAAGAUAUCAAGAACUUCGACCAAGGCCCUCAAGUAACUCACAAGUACGGCACGGUGAUGGACAAAUAUGGGAAGCCACUUCGAUCGGGGCAGCUCAUCCACAUCGCCAUGUCGAAACAGGAUGCUGAGCAGUGCAGAAAUGCAGUCAAGGUACAUUGGGCUUGUGUUGUGUAUACAGCCCUGUAUGGUGCCGCCGGUAGACCUUGGCUAUUGGCAGCUGAGGUUGAAGAUGAAUCAAGGGAGGAGUGGGCCGACUGGUAG